AUGUCUUUGCCGAAGCGUAUCACUGACAAGGUGCCUCGCAGGGUUCCCGGCAUCAGCGCUGUCCCCCACGAGGACAACCUCCGCUACUUUGACGUCGAGAUCCACGGUCCCACGCAGUCUCCGUACGAAGCUCGUGAAUCAACAACACCACAGGCGGUAUCUUCAAGCUCGAGCUUUUCUGGUGGUGGAUUCAUGACGCCCCCCAAGAUUCGCUUCCUCACCAAGAUCUUCCACCCCAAUGUUGACAAGCUCGGCCGCAUCUGUCUCGACGUCCUCAAGAGUAUGCCCGCCAACCCCCUGCAAGGACCCAAACACUCGCUAACCCUCUCUCCUCGCAAAGACAACUGGUCCCCCGCCCUCCAGAUCCGCACGAUCCUCCUGUCCAUCCAGGCGCUCCUCGGCGCGCCCAACCCCGACGACCCCCUCGCCGCCGAUGUGGCCAAGAGCUGGAAGGAGGACGAGCAGGCCGCGAUAGCCACGGCGAAGGAGUGGACGGCAAAGUAUGCCAAGGCUUAA